UUUAAAAACGCCAACAUCGGUUAAUAUUAUAACAAUGGGAAAUGGACAAUUCUGGUAUAAUGGAAUAGAGAACUGCUUGCUCACAAAAUUUGCUGAUAUAGCGCCACCACAAUCAGUUUGUCUGGUGUUCAAUGUGGAUGGACUACCACCUUUUAGAGGUUCAUCAAUAGAAUUUUGGCCUAUUUUAUUUAAAAUUGAGAAUAUGCCCCGGUUACAACCAAUGGUAGUAGCAAUUUACUGUGGAGAGACCAAGCCACCUCUUCAAAAAUUUCUAACCCAAUUCGUUGAUGAAUUAAAUCACAUAUUGAAAAAUGGAGUUAUAGUUGAGAAGUGUAAGCUUGAAGUCAAAAUUAAAUAUUUUGUUUGUGACACUCCAGCAAGAAAUUUUAUUAAGGGAACCGUUGGAUUUAAUUCAGCUCAUGGUUGCAUUAAAUGUACAGUUAUUGGCGAUUACGAUAGAGGCGGAAGACAUAUGAGCUUUCCAAGAAUUGAUUGUCCACUAAGAACCGAUGAAAGUUUUCGCAUGAAAACUGACGAUGGUCAUCAUAAAGAGGAUUCCCCCCUACUGAGACUACCCAUUAACAUGGUAGAGGAUAUCAUAGUUGCAGAUUCCUUACAUUUGUUUGAUUUAGGCUUAAUGCGAAAAUGCCUUUAUGGAUGGGUUAAUGGAAGCUACAAUUUCCGUACGAAAUUGUCAGCGGCACAAAUUGAUCAGCUAUCAUAUCUGUUAGAAGAGUGCAAUAAAAGAAGACCCAUUGAAAUUCAUCGCGCUAUUAGGAAGCUGAAAUGCUUAAAGUAUUGGAAAGGCACUGAGUAUCGAACUUUCUUGCUUUACAUCGGCCCUGUCAUUUUGAAAGUUUUCUUGACCAGAGAAGCUUAUCAUAAUUUUCUCACACUGUGCUGUGCAGUUACAAUCCUUUCAUGUAAUACAUAUUCAAAGUACAUCCACAUAGCUGAAUGCUUAUUAGAGGACUUCAUUGAGCAAUUCAUUGACAUUUAUGGAAUAGACGCUAUAAGCAGUAAUGUUCAUAAUGCUUGUCAUGUAGUUAAUGACGUGAAAAAGUUUGGCUCACUUCCGGAAAUAAGUUCAUAUCCAUUUGAAAAUUUUUUGGGCCAUCUAAAAACUUUACUGCACACAGGAAAUCGACAACUUCCGCAACUAGCUAAACGUGUCAUUGAAUUGUCUAAGUUUAAUUCUCUAUCCAUAUAGAAGUCCAUUUGUUAAAAAUGAAAACCGCUCAGAAACACACCAGUUACAAUAUUGCGAUAAAACAUUUAAUAAAGUUUGCAUUCGUGAAGACUUUACAUUAUCCGCCGACAUCAAAAACAAAUGGUUCCUGACAAAAAGCAACGAGAUAAUAUCUAUGAUAAAUGCUACUUACUAUGAGGAAAAAAUCUGCAUAUACGGUUCUCCUAUUAAAACAAAAUCAGACUUUUUCGAAAAACCUAUCUACCUAAAAGUCGUCCUAUUUAAACAUUUAUAAGUCAGAUGGGAGACAAUUAUCAGCAAAAUUGUAUUCAUUGAAUGAAAUUAAAUGUAAACUUAUAUCUGUUCAAUAUCAUAACGAAUUUGUAUUUAUGCCCUUGAUUCAUACUUUGGACGGAAUGAUGUGAAUAAAUAAUAUUAAUCUACUAUUUUAUAUAUUGAAUUUAUUAGGUAUCAACAAGACGCUGUAUUAAAAAAUAAAUAUUAAAACUUUGUAUUUCGUAAAAUAAAU